CAUUUCACUCACUUUUCUUGUGCUUAGAAGAAGGAAAAGAUGAUGGACAUCAUGAGUUGCCGGCUGAAGAGAUGGCCAUACCUGCUGAUUCGCAUUGCUCAGCAGUUGAGGACUCCCCUGCAGAUUGCCCGCCACUCGUACCACCAACUGAACCACUACUACUCCAUCCGCUCGCUUCAAUCCGGAGUAUCCAGGCGAUCAAUCAGGGAUCCCUACCUCACCAAGGUGGUCCAAGGAAGAUCGAAGAAGCCGCGAUACCCAGGUGAUCAGCGGGCUAAUCAGCGUUUCGGGGAGGACAGCUGGUUCCUCAGCUCCACGCCUCUGGCCGAGGUGAUGGGCGUGGCAGACGGAGUGGGCGGCUGGCGGGACAUGGGCGUGGAUGCGGGACGCUUUGCCAAGGAGCUGAUGUCGUGCUGUUCCGGACAGACGGAACUCCCGAGCUUCGAUGGACGCAGUGCUCGGGAUUUGCUCAUCGCCGGCUAUCGGGAUUUGGUUCGGAAGGAGAAUCCAGCGGUGGGAAGCAGCACCGCCUGCUUGGUGUCCAUGCACCGCAAGGAUUGCACCCUCUACACCGCCAAUCUGGGCGACAGUGGCUUCAUGGUGGUGCGAAAUGGAAGGGUACUGCAUCGGUCGGAGGAGCAGACCCAUGACUUCAACACGCCCUAUCAACUGGCAGUGCCACCAAAGGGCAAGGGUGACAACUUCUACUUCGACAAACCGGAAAUGGCGGAGUCCACGAGGUACUCCCUGCAGCCAGGGGACCUGGUGCUCCUGGCCACCGACGGUUUGUUCGACAAUCUGCCCGAGAGCAUGCUACUCAAGAUUCUAAAUGGCCUCAAGGAGCGGGGGGAACAGGAUCUCCAGAAGGGCGCCAAUCAGGUGGUGGAAAAGGCCAGGGAAUUGUCCCUGAAUGCCAACUUUCAAUCACCGUUCGCCAUCAAGGCCAGGGAACACAAUGUUCUCUACUCCGGCGGCGGAAAGCCCGAUGACAUCACCCUAAUCCUGGCCAGCGUCGAGGUGCCGAAAGCCUAACAAACUGGGAGUCAGUCUGUCGCCAGCAGGCGUCGCCGGCAAAUAUUAUUCCACGUCUAUCAAAAGUCGGCGAUAAAAAUCCAAAUAUAUAUGUACUUUGUUUAUAAAGAA